AUGCAUCACCCAGUGGGUGAUCGAAGCGCCCGGGCUCAGCCGCUCUGCAAAGCACUAGGGGAAUUGAAGUUUUUUUCUACCACCCGGAUCGCAGCAGGCAGUAUCUGCGGAGCUCCCGGCAGAGCCAAUCAAAAGGCGCCGCCAGACGGAGGGCGGGAAAAGAAGAACCGCCUUCGAGCGGCCAUGUCCCGGGCCAAGGUCCCGGGGCCGCUGAUGGCCCUGUGGCUGAUGCGGGCGGCGCUGGCCACCGUAUACUUCCAGGAAGAGUUCCUCGAUGGAGAAAGUUGGAGAAAUAGAUGGGUACCUUCCACUAAUGACUCCAAAUUUGGGCACUUUAGGCUAUCAUCAGGAAAAUUUUAUGGUGACAUACAAAAAGAUAAAGGUCUGCAAACCACUGAAAAUGCAAAAUUUUAUGCUAUCUCCUCACGAUUUAAACCAUUUAGCAAUAAAGGAAAGACACUGGUUAUUCAGUAUACAGUAAAACAUGAACAGAAGAUGGAUUGUGGUGGGGGUUAUAUUAAGAUCUUUCCUUCAGAGUUGGAUCAAAAGAACCUAAAUGGGAAGUCACAAUAUUACAUUAUGUUUGGACCUGAUAUCUGUGGAUUUGAUAUCAAGAAAGUUCAUGUUAUUUUAUUUUACAAGAAUCAGUAUCAUUCAAACAAGAAACCAAUCAGGUGUAAGGUUGAUGGCUUUACACAUUUAUACACUCUGACAUUAAGACCAGAUCUAACUUAUGAAGUGAAAAUUGAUACUGACAUAAUCGAAUCAGGCAGCAUAGAAGAAGAUUGGAAUUUACAAAAAAUUAGAAGAAUGGAGAAAUCUGCUUUGAAGAUGCCUGAGAAUUGGGAUAAAUUGUCUCAGAAUGACAAACCUAGUGAUGUUCCAUCUCAGGACUGGGAUAAACACAUUUUGGAUGCCAGUGCCAACAAGCCUAGUGACUGGAAUAGUGAAUUGGAUGGAGAAUGGCAGCCAUCAGUGAUCCAGAAACCUAAACAUAAAGAUGGAUUGAAAUUAGAUAAUUCAGAUUAUAAAGAUGUUUGGCUUCAUAAGAAGAUUGAAAACCCAGGAUACUUGCAAGAUUUUGAAUUCUUAGAAUAUGAGGAUAUCGGUGUUAUUGGACUGGAACUUUGGCAGGUAAGAUCUGGAACCAUCUUUGAUAACUUUUUGAUCACUGAUGAUGAAAAUUAUGCUUCAGAUUUUGGCCUAAAAACCUGGGGAAGGACAAAGGAUCCAGAGAAGGAAAUGGAUAUGAUACAAGCUAAGGAAGAAAUUAAAAAAGCAAGAGAGGAAGAA